CUAGGGAGAACGUUGGCAGACUGUGUCACUAGACUUUUCCUUCCUUCACAAAUCGUUCAUCAUGUCGACACACAAAAAGAAGACCAGGAAGCUUAGAGGGCACGUAAGCCACGGUCAUGGACGUAUCGGCAAACACCGCAAGCACCCUGGAGGUCGUGGUAAUGCUGGUGGUCAACACCACCACAGAAUCAACUUCGACAAAUACCAUCCAGGUUAUUUCGGAAAGUUGGGCAUGAGGAACUACCAUGUCAGGAAAAACACCAAGUGGUCCUCAGCCAUCAACUUGGACAAACUGUGGACCCUGGUCAGUGAGCAAACCAGGUUGAAAUACAAAGACCAUCCAGAAGGAAAGGCUCCAGUCAUUGACAUUGUCAAAGCCGGAUACUACAAACUUUUGGGCAAGGGAAGACUUCCCCCACAACCUGUUAUUGUUAAGGCCAAGUUCUUCUCCAAAUCUGCUGAGGACAAAAUCAAGGCUGUUGGAGGUGCUUGUGUUUUAAGCGCUUAAGUUUGUAUCCAUAAGACAAAAUAAAUUUAUAAAAAAUA